GUUCUGGUCUGGCGGGCGCACUCCGCCCGGUGCCCGGCUACGGCGACCGGCCAGCCGGCGUGGCGGGCGGUGGCGGCGGUGGGUCGCCUAUUUAGCCGCCACCCCCGGGCCGUGCCGGACAGUGGUUCACCAUGCUCCGGCUCGUGCUGUUGGUGUGCUUCGUCGCCGCCGCCGCGGCGGUGCCAGUUGAGAGCGACACUGAGUUCUGCAACGGACAGACCGAGUGUCCCCAGGAUUGCGGCUAUGUGAGCCGCAACGAGAAGUGCGUGUUCUGCAGGUGCGGGGAUAGCCCGCUGGUGCAGCCUCCCGAGCCGCUGCCGCUGCCCGAACCAGAGCCGCUGUCCUGUCAGCACGGACAGAGCUUCAUUGACGAGUGUGACAACGACUGCAAGUGCAUUGCGGAUGGCAAGUACGGCUGCACCAGGAAACUCUGCAGGCCGGGACAGACGCCCGAAAAGCCCAAGACCUGCAGCGGAGCCGACGGCCUGCCCAAGAGGACCGGACAGCGCGUCUUCUGCCACGAGGGCAUCAUCAAAACCCAGCCGACAGAUGCCGAUUGUCUGCCGGGCGCUGUAUUCAAGGACGCGGAAGACUGCAACACGUGUCGGUGCACCGAUAAGGGCGUGGCUGGAUGCACUUUCAAGUUGUGCAUUACAUCAGAACCCAAGGGACCGACCUGCCAGCACGGACAGAGCUUCAUUGACGAGUGUGACAACGACUGCAAGUGCAUCGCGGACGGCAAGUACGGCUGCACCAGGAAACUCUGCAGGCCGGGACAGACGUCCGAGAAACCCAAGACCUGCAGCGGCGCCGACGGCCUGCCCAAGAGGACCGGACAGCGCGUCUUCUGCCACGAGGGCAUCGUCAAAACCCAGCCGACAGAUGCUAAGUGCCUGCCGGGCUCCGUCUUUAAGGAUAAGGAAGACUGCAACACAUGCCGCUGUUCCGACUCCGGGGAGGCAGCGUGCACUUUGAGGGCGUGCAUUGAUCUGAGAACCGACUCCAGCUGCUCAUACGGACCAGGCUUCAUCGACGAGUGCAACAACGACUGCAACUGCGUCAACGACGAGUUCUACGGGUGCACGUUCAAGGCCUGCAAGCCGGGCGAGCGGCCGGAGGUACCGAUGCGGUGCACCAGCUCCGACAACCUGCCCUCCCGGGCCGGCGCCGAGGUGGUCUGCGAGGACGGCAUCGUCAAGCUGCACGAGAAAAAAUGCAGAUACGGAGACGAGUACAUCGACGAGUGUGACAACAACUGCCGCUGCCUGGAGGGCAAGUACGCCUGCACGCGGAAAGAAUGCCGGGCGGGGCAGAUCAGCAUGAUGCCCAUGUCGUGCAGUGGAACGGUCGACCUGCCGUACAGGGCGAACCGACGCGUCUUCUGCCACGAGGGUAUCGUCAAGGUGCAGGACAAUGAUGAGACCUGUCUGGCCGGUGCGGUUUUCAACGAUGAGUGCAACGAAUGUUUCUGCAGUGACACUGGAAAGAGUGGCUGCACUCUGAAAGCUUGCGUCGGCGAGGAGUCGGAGUCGACGGUGACCUGCGAGGACGGCCUGCCAGAGUGUCCCCAAGACUGCGGCCAGUCCUACAACAAGGCCAGGGACUGCUACGACUGCCCCUGCGCCAUCGGUAACCCGGGCGACCUCACCGUCAUGCCCGGCGAGCCGUGCCCGCCGGGCACGGUACUGACCGAGUCUGGGCCGUUCUUCAGUACCUGUGGACCCUCCACCAAAUGUCCUCACGGUCUGGAAUUCAUCGACGAGUGCGGCAAUGACUGCACCUGCGGCGGUGACGGCUACGGGUGUACGUACAAGGCGUGCCAGCCGGGCCAGACCGGCGCCAAGCCCAUGACCUGCGCGAGCAGCGCUGACCUGCCCGAGAGGAAGGGCAAGCGCGUCUUCUGCCACGACGGCAUCGUCAAGCUCCAGAAUAAGGAGGAUUCCUGCAUUCCUAAAUCACUGUUCAAAGAGGACUGCAACAGCUGCUUCUGCGGAGAACAGGGGCAGAUGGGCUGCACUCUGAAGGAAUGCGCUCCGAAGCAAGGAGCUUGUGCUCACGGAAAGUCCUUCAUCGACGAGUGUGAUAACGACUGCGAGUGCGUCAAAGGCGAGUCCUACGGCUGCACCAGGAAGGCCUGCAAGCCGGGCCAGACGGCCGAGAAGCCCAAGACCUGCAGCGGCGCCGACGACCUGCCUCAGCGCGCCGGCAGGAGGGUCAUGUGCCACGAGGGCAUCGUCAAGACCCAGGAGAAAGACGCAGAGUGCCUUCCCGGCUCUACUUACAAGGAAGAGUGCAACACGUGCACUUGCGGUGGCGCCUGUACUCUGAAGGCCUGCAUCCUGUAAUCGCACAGUGUCGGCCAGCCGCCCCUCCGGUGAUGGCGAACGAGCACAGCCUCGGACUGGAGCUGCCCAGCGCUCACCAGUUCUCACCAGUGAGAGCUCACCGUUUGUCACCACUCGCAGCUGCUCACCGAAUGAAGAGCCGUUCGCGGUGACAUUUCCCCUUGGCGAACGCACCCACUGACAGUCGCAUUUAGAUGUUUUAGGUCGGCAUCGGUACGUGCAGUAGUGUGGCCUUAGACCGGUAGCGUGCAAGGUGCUUUGAUGUCUUAUUCACUAUUCGUGUCUCUGAACACUCACAUGUGGCCAUCUGAAGAAAUGUGGUGCACGUCAGAAAAGAUUUUAAUUGUCAUGUGCCUGUUCGACUGAAUGGUGCAACGCCCUGUAGAACUGUUUGCUGUUCAUGUCCCGUGAUAUGUGAAUGGCAUUUAUUUGGCAAUAUACUUCUCAAUAACGAG